CCUCUCCACCGGGUGGCGCUGAUGACAGAUUCCCACGUGUUACUGAUUGUACAGGCACACGACAGGAGGACUUUUGGAAAGAUGGCGACGUCCAUAUGUAGGACGUUGAAAUCCUUUCAUCUAACAACAUGUCAUAAUAUUAAGUAUGUUGCGCCGCUGCUGGACGUGCGGCUCCCGCAACCGGUGGUGGUUCCGAUCCGCACAAAGAAGCGCUAUUUCAUUCCUCCGGCUGUGAACGUUAAACAGAAAACACAAGCCGAGCAGGAGGCUCAAGCCCGAGCUGCGGGUGUGGUGGUCCGGCAGCAGUACAUGGAGAGAGCCAUCAACAUUGCAUGCACAGCGGGCAUCUUUGAUCCUUAUGUUCCUCCUGAAGGAGACGCUCGCCUUUCCACACUGUCCAAAGAAGGUCUGAAACAGCGCACGGAGCAGCUGCGUCAGAGCGCAGCAUCACAGCUGGCGAUUCGUAAAAUAAAGGACCAUGAUCCAGAGUUCUCCACAAAGGAGUUCCCAGCACGAGCACAGGAGAUUUUCAUAGAGGCUCAUGCAGCACUCACACAGUUUAAUAAAGAAAAGCUUCAUUCUUUGGUGACAGAGAGGUGUUACCCUGAGAUGGUUCGUGGAAACCGUUAUAAGACUCUACGCUGGCGGUUCAUUGAGUCACUGGAACCACCACGGGUGGUUCAUGCACGAUGUCCUGACAUGAUCAGCAAGGGCAACCUGUACGCUCAAGUGACUCUCCGCAUGCACUCCAGACAGACAUUGGCAAUCUAUGACCGCUUUGGUCGGUUGAUGCUGGGGGAUGAGGAGGAACCCAGGGAUGUCCUGGAAUACCUGGUGCUUGAGAGACAUCUUGUCAACCCUUAUGGGCGCUGGAGACUUCACGGCAAGAUUGUUCCAGCAUGGGCUCCACCAAAAGAUCCCAUUAUUAAGACUGUCAUGAUUGCUGGCCCAAAGCUCAAGCCCGAAGAGGUGUUUGAGGAUUUGAAUUACCAGGUACCAAAGCCCAAGGCAGUGCAGUGGUACAAGUAAUUCUGAAUGGUAGUGCCUUAUUCCACCCCUGCACAGGUCCAUUCUGUACAGUCUUAUUCAAAAUGGUCAUUAUCUUCCUAAAUAAAUGUUUGCUGUAUUUAAGAAACCCAGAGUUUUUG